UCUCUCUCCCUCUCUCUCUCUUUCUUCUCCUCGUUCGUUCCUCCUGGCCCCCAAGUUUAUCGCCCCCGCUUCCUCCGAACCAUCGCUCGCGAUUCUCCCCCCAAUCCCCAGUCUGGGAGGCUCCGCCGCUUCGCCCCCCAGCCAAUGCUGCCCCCGAUCACGAUCUUUCUAUGAGGAUGCUGGGGGUCCGAAAAUAAUGGGUCAUUUAUUUGUUGCCAAAGAUGAUUUUGGCAUGUCUAUAUCAGCGCAUUGGAUAAUGCGUUGCUGAAGUUUACUGAAGCUGCAAUAAGCAUGACAGUUGUGCAGAUAAUGAUGCAUAACCAUUCAUGUUCUGACGACCCCGUUUGGAACUUUCUUCUUCUGAUGCAACCUUGUUUAAGCAAAUCUAGUGUGGAAGUGACUGGGAUGAGUUUUAAAGGUGGUGCUGGUUCUACUGUGUGGAGUUUUAUUGGCGUUCAGUGAUUCGUGGCAAAGCCUCUGUGGUGAAGUUAGCGACCAUGGAAAGGUACAAAGUGAUAAGGGAGAUAGGUGAUGGAACUUGUGGAAAUGUUUUUAGAGCUUAUGAUAUAGAAACAAAUGAAAUUGUUGCUGUUAAAAAAAUGAAGAGGAAGUUUUACCACUGGGAAGAAUGCAUCAGUCUACGAGAAGUGAAGGCCCUCCAGAAACUAAAUCACCCUAACAUUGUGAUGCUGAAGGGGGUGACGAUGGAAAAUCAUGAGUUGUUUUUCAUUUUUGAACACAUGGAAUGUAAUUUAUAUGAUGUUAUAAGAGAAAGGCGUGCUCCUUUCUCUGAAGAAGAGAUACGGAAGUUUAUGGUCCAAAUACUGCAAGGCCUUGUGUAUAUGCAUAAUAAUGGAUAUUUCCAUCGUGACCUGAAACCUGAAAAUCUGCUGGUGACAAAUAAUAUUGUUAAAAUUGCCGACUUUGGUUUGGCAAGAGAAGUAUGUUCAAGUCCUCCUUACACAGAUUAUGUUUCCACCAGAUGGUACCGGGCUCCAGAGGUGCUGCUGCAAGCUUCAGCUUACACACCUGCUAUUGACAUGUGGGCUGUUGGUGCAAUUCUGGCUGAGCUUUUCACCCUGUCGCCACUUUUCCCUGGUGAAACAGAGACAGAUCAACUAUACAAAAUAUGUAGUGUGCUUGGGUCCCCAGAUCACUCUGUCUGGCCAGAGGGAAUGAACCUGCCUCGAUCAAAUAGAUUACAGUUUUUUCAGAUUCCGCCAAGAAAUCUGUGGGAGCUUAUUCCUAACGCUUCCUUGGAAGCUAUUGACUUGAUCCAGCAACUUUGUUCCUGGGAUCCAAAAAGAAGGCCAACUGCUGAGCAAUCACUACAUCAUCCAUUCUUUAAUGUCGGCAAGUGGGUACCAAGGCCUCUCCAUGAUGCUUCCUAUCCAAGGACGAAUGAAUCUAGAGCAAGUCCAAGGUUGGAGCUGAACCUGUGGGGUUUUGGUACAGAACCUGACGAUCUUGAUCUAACUCUCAGUCUAAAGCCAAGUUCUGUAACAGAUCUCAGUAAGCAUGCUCCAAAACAUACAGAAGAGGAAAUUCUACCACACUUGGGAUUUGAGAAUCCUCCUGUACAGCCAGGGCUGUGGCCUCUCAUGUCAUCAUCACAUCGCCCCAUGGCCAUGGGGGAUGUUCCAGCCAUGCCAUCCUGGCAACAGGCGUAUAUGAUCGACAGCCAAUCCACGCUGCCAGCUGUUGGAGGAUUCUCAGGCUCUCCGUUCGGUCUGUCCCCUUUGCAACCGAACCUGUUGGAGAGGAACCCAUCAUUGGCGCCCAUCCGGCACGUCAAUUUCUUCUGACCCGGUUAACUGAUCGAUCCACCAUGCGAGCAACUUAUUUUUCGGUUCACUUUUUCUUUCUCUACACACAUUAGUCUCGAAUAAUAAGCGGCGACGCCCGGCGGUAGACAAAAACAAAUGUACAUACAUAUUCGUAGGUUCCCAGUCCUUAUGGAGCAAUUAUUGAUCUUGAGAUACCGUACUUUGUAAAUACCCACCGAAAACAGUUUUGUACGACGAUUUCUCGAUUAUAAUAUCGGAUGAGCGAGUGAUGCGUGAGUUCCUGUGCCA